AUGGGUUUCUUCAAGCGCAAGGAGGCUCUCACCAUCCCUCCCGUCGAGCCUUCCGGAGGCAUUCCCGACCGCCGACCUUCGCCCCAGCCCAUGCGUGGCGGCGGCCGCCCCGACCCGUACACCUCCAACAGCUACGGUGGAGGUCGUAACAAUGGUCCGCCUCCGCAGCAGGGUGGCUACCAGCCCCGCGAGCACAAGGACCCGUAUGCCGCCGUUCAGGCCGACCGCCAGAUGGGCUCGAACCCGAACAACCCCUACGCUCGCAAGGGUGUCCCGUCGCAGGCUGACCGCGACAACGACGCUGCGCGCAACGAGCUCUUUGGUGGCAUGAAGCCGCAGGGCCAGGGACCCUCGCGUGAAGGUACCCCUGGUGCUGGUUGGCGGUCGCCCCCCGUCGGUGGCGGCGAGAUCCCGGCUCCCCGACGUCGCGAGUACGGCUACCAGGGCCGCGAGCUCGAGGAGGACUUUGACGAGGACGAGGAGAUUGAGGGCAUCAAGCAGAGCAUGCGCGAGACCAAGCAGGACUCGCUGCAAAGUACCCGAAACGCUCUGCGUAUGGCCCGUGAAGCCGAGGAGACGGCCCGUGGCACGAUGGCCCGUCUCGGCGACCAGUCCGAGCGCCUCGCCAACUCGGAGCGUCACCUCGACAUGGCCAAGGCCAACAACCAGCGCGCCGAGGACAAGGCACAGGAGCUCAAGGUCCUGAACCGCAGCAUCUUCCGUCCGGCGAUCGUCUUCAACAAGGAGGGCAAGCGGCAAAGCGAAGGAGCAGAAGAUCCUCGAGCGUCACAACAUGGAGCGGGAGGACCGCGCGCGUGCGAUGCGCGACGUGCAGGACUCGCGCCGCCGCCUGGGCGAGGCCGCGAACGAGCGCUCAUUCCAGGACCCGUCGCUGCGUGCGGACCGCCGCCUGCAGCGCCAGCGGUACCAGUUUGA